UCAUCUCAAUUAAGUCAUCUUACACCUGCCUUUUCUGAACGGGUAGAUCGGGUCCCACCGGUGGGUGAGGGCAUUGAAGACAGCAGACCGUUCCAUGGAUUUAGACCAGAUGGGAAACCUCUCAUACGAGAUCAUCGAGGUAAAUGGCGUCUACUCUGGUAAUUCUGACAACCUGGUUGUGCCUUGACUUUGCUGCACAACAUGGGAAGAGACGAGGCAACUCUUCUAGUGUAUUUGAUCUCAUGGUUCCACCACAGGACAAUUUACCAUUCGUCAUGGUCCUAUUCCACUAUCCGAGCUUUGGAUUUGGACGAAACAUGGAGGUCCACAUGGCAAUGAAAACGUCAGACAGUCUACACCCUUCGCAGAUUGACGUAUCGUCUGAUGAGACCAUGUGAAUGCUAGAAUCCGAGAAUAGGUCUUAUUCUCCGACCCCAUGUCACUAAAAGGGUUCCAAAAGCACAUCAAUGCCUACACCCUCGUCACCGGUGCAU